CUAAAAUCAUUUUUCAACGGCUACUCUGGAUUUUAUGGUAUAAUUCAAAGCAUAAUAACUGAAGAGAAAAGCUACCACCAUUUCAAAAGCAGCAUAUCGAAAAACAACCAUUAACAAUGGACGUAGACCCGUACAAACCCACUCCACCCAGCCUCACAGUCUUGAGGAUUAAGCGCAAAGCGACAGAACCAGCUUUGUCUUCUCUGGUCAUUCAAGAUGAAGCACGCACGAAGAGACGACGGGACAUUGCAGGCAAAGCAAGAGGAGUCUUCAGGCUGGCGGACACUGUGCCAGGUAACUGGGUGGGACAAGGCGAAGAAGGGGAGGUUUUGAAGUCAAGAAUUCAAGGUCUCCUGUCAUCUCAACCGUCAGCUUCACCGCUGUCUACCGUUCCACAAGUGACACCCCUAACCACUGCUCCUCAAGAGCCCCCAUUACUUCCCGUGGGACUGCCAUCCACCAAUUUUCCUGUAGCUCCCCCAGCUAUCGAACAAACUCCAAUACAUACGCCAUCGCCGCCAAAUUUAUCAGAAGGCGCACCUUCGACUUCCAAUAACAGACGGUCGUCCUCUACGCAGGUGCAGAUGCAGUAUCGAGUUAUACCACCUAUGAGCCCUCGGACAAAGGCGAUGCUGCCUCCGCGGAUAUUAACUGCUGCCGAGACGGAAGGUAGGGAAGGGGCAUCUCCUUUCGUCUUCGUAGACGCUCAAGCGGUAGAGACGCCGGGCCAGAAGGGGACAACUCAGGAAGAUAAGGACAUGGCUGCUUUUCUGCCAAUGCUACAAGAAUAUCUUCGUUUGGAACAGCAAGAUGAAAAGGCAAGAGAGGAAGAAGAAAAGGCAAAGGAUGAUGAAUGGGUGUACGAUUUAUAUUAUAGGGAUAGCUCUGGCUCAUUACCAUUGGGUAUUGGUGCUGGUGAUGGUGUAACCAUUGGCCAACUCCUUGGUUUCGAAUCUACUUCCCCUCCAUCUUCCAUUUCUGGAUCUGAGCCAGAGGAUGAAGCAGACGAAGACUCGAACGAUGAGGAUUAUUAUCGAAAUGAUUAUCCAGAAGAUGAAGAUGCUGACGAGGAUAUGGUGGGCUUCAGAGGUGGUGGCGAUAGCGACUGGAGCGAAGACGAGGAAGACGAUUAUGAUUAUGAUGAGAGAAACGAGUGGAGAUAUCGAUAAUGAUACCGUCUACAGGCGUUUGGUAUAAUAAUAAGCAAU